AUGACCCGUUGGCUCGAACUGCGAAGCCCAGAUGCCUCGCCGGCUCUUCAGCUGGCUUGCCGAGCCCAGCACUUCAGACGAUGGGAAAUUCCCAGGAGUAGUUACCCAAUGACUCGGCCAGGAUACCUCACUUGGCGGGCUAAACUCAAAGCUCAGGCGGCUUCCCAAAUAACCGAGCUUCUUGCGUCGCCGGCGAUAACUCCGCCUCUCCCGCAGGAUGCCAUUGAGAGGACGGCAGCUCUGAUCCGGAAGGAGAACCUCAGCAAGGACGAGGAGACUCAAGUCCUCGAGGAUGUCGCCUGCUUGGUUUUUCUGGAUGACCAGUUUGACGACUUCCACAAACGCCCGGAGAUCGACGAAGAGAAGAUCAUCGGCAUCUUGAGGAAGACCUGGGCAAAAAUGAGCCCGAAGGGACAGGAGCUUGCUUUGUGGGCAGACUCCAGCUCGGAAUCACCGCCGACCCAGCCCGACCGCAAUGCCAAGCCGCCCCUGGGAAACCUCAUCUCGACCCACGACUUCGCCGCAGCGGCCCGCGAAUCCUUCCCACCCAAGACCCUCGCCUUCGUGACCUCGGCAGCGACAGACCUCCACACCCACCGGCGCAACUCGGAGGCCUACUCGCUCAUCGGCCUGCGGCCCCGCGUCCUCCGCGACGUGCGCACCGUCUCCAUCGCCACAACUAUGCUCGGCCACCGCCUGCGCACCCCGAUCUUCUGCGCGCCGACGUCCCUCGGCAAGACGGUCCACCCCGAGGGCGAGAAAGACAUCGGUCGUGCCUGCAAGGCCCUCGGCACCGCCCAGGUCGUCUCCACGAGCGCCAGCUUCCCGCUCGGCGAGAUCGUCUCGGCCGUCCGGUCCCACCGCGCCCCGGCCGGCACCGCGGCGGCGGAAGCAGAAGCGGAAGCGGACGGCUCCCCCGUCCCCAUCUUCUUCCAGCUCUACGUCGACAAGAACCGCGCCAAGUCCGAGGCCCUCCUGCGGUCCGCCUCCGCCCUCGGCAUAGCAGGCCUCUUCCUGACGGUCGACGCCCCCGUCCCGGGCAAGCGCGAGGCCGACGAGCGGCAGUCGAUCUCCGGGCUCGUCAGCAGCCCAAUGACUGGCGCAUCGGCCAAGGGCGACGCCAAGGGCGGCGCGCUGGGCCGGCUCAUGGGCUCGUACAUCGACGCCGGCGUGACGUGGGCGGACGUGGCGUGGCUACGCCGGCACCUCCCGCCGGGGACCCCCGUCGUGCUCAAGGGCGUGCAGACGGCGGCCGACGCGCGCCUGGCGGCCCAGUGCGGGGUCGACGCCGUCGUCUUGUCUAACCACGGGGGCAGGAGCCUCGAUACCGCGCCCGCGGCGGUGCUGGUCUUGCUGGAGAUGCAGCGCUGCUGUCCCGAGGUGUUUGAUCGCCUCGAGGUAUUUGUCGAUGGGGGUGUCGCCAGGGGCACGGACGUCUUCAAGGCGCUGUGUCUCGGGGCGAGGGCGGUGGGUAUCGGGAGGGGUACGUUGUAUGGGUUGAACUAUGGGGAGGAGGGCGUGAGGAGAUAUGUCGAGAUCCUCAACGACGAGCUGGAGACGACGAUGAGGAUGUGCGGCAUCACGAGUCUGGACCAGGUCCACCCGGGCUUCCUGAACACCGGCUCGGUCGACCAUCUCAUCCCGACCUCGGACGAGCACCCGUAUGCCAAGUGGAGACGGGGUUCAGGGAGUAAGCUGUAA